AUGGCACAACCACUCCCCCGACUCCUUUCCCGUCGACUCUUCCAAACAUCCUCACCAUUCCAACACCUCCCAUCUCGAGCUCGCAGCUUCCGUCCUCAGGUCCAUGCCAAAUCCGCGAGAGGUUAUUCAACAGGAGGUCCUAGUAAGAGUCCGUUGAAAAUUUGGCCUUUUAUCGCCAUUACAUUGGGGGGAAGUGGUGUUUAUGCUAUGAUUGUUAGCAGUAGGGCUGGUACUGACAUGUCUCCCCCAACCCCCCAACUCCCCUCCCCUCCCAAACCAAUCCCCGCCUUCUCCCCCGAAAAAGUAACCAUCCUCUUCGUGCUCGGCGGCCCCGGCGCCGGAAAAGGCACUCAAUGCGCCAAUCUCGUGCGCGACUACCACUUCACGCAUCUCUCCGCCGGAGAUCUCCUCCGCGCCGAGCAAGAACGGCCCGGUUCCGAAUUUGGCGAUCUGAUCAAAGACUAUAUCAAGAACGGCCUAAUCGUGCCCAUGGAAGUAACGGUGCAAUUACUGGAAAACGCCAUGACGGACGUGAUUUCCCAAUCGCCUACCAAGACGGGGAAGUUUCUCAUCGAUGGGUUUCCGCGAAAACUGGACCAGGCACAUAAAUUCGAAGAUACGGUUUGUAAAGGGCGUUACGUAUUGUUUUAUGAUUGUCCGGAGGAGGAAAUGCAGCGUAGAUUGAUGGAGAGGGGGAAGACGAGUGGGAGGACGGAUGAUAAUGCGGAGAGUAUUCAGAAGAGGUUUAAGGUGUUUGUGGAGACGAGUAUGCCGGUGGUGGAUUAUUUUGAGAGGCAGGGGAGGGUUAUUAGGGUGAAGGCUACGAAGACGCCUGAGGCGGUUUAUGAGGAGACCAGGAAGAAGUUGGAGGAGAAGUUGGGGAAGUCGUUUUAG